GGUAAGAAAAAAUUUUCCAAAAUUUGAAAUCAUCCACUCCCUUUUAUCUUAUCCAAAGCAAAACAAUGGCGAUGAUAAUGAGCACCACUUUCACUAACACCCUAACUUCAACAAAUCUCCUCCAUACCCACAACACAACCAACUUCAACUACUCAUUUCCUCUGAUCAAAGCAUCAAAUGCUUCAUCAAACCAAAACGCCAUAACCAAUAGCAAAAGAAGAAUCAUAAUAGCAACAAUCUUAGGCACCACCGUUUCACUAUUGCCUUCUUCAGGAGCAAUGGCAGAGAAUUGGGGCGUCCGUUCAUUUUUAUGGGAAAGGUUUUUCGAGCCGGACUUGUCGCCGGAAGAUUCAGUUGCAAGAAUUAAACAAACUGCAGAAGGGUUACAUAGCAUUAGAGACAUGUUAGAGACAAUGUCUUGGAGGUAUGUUAUAUUCUAUAUAAGGCUAAAACAAUCCUAUCUUUCUAAAGACCUGAAAAUUGCUAUGGAGACUUUGCCUAAAGCCCGUCACAGAGAGUAUGUAGAGUUGGCUAAUGACUUGGUUGAAAAUAUGGCUAGGCUUGAUGAAUUUGUUCGCUCACCGAAGGUAUAUGAAUCUUAUCUAUACUAUGAGAAGACACUGAAGUCUAUAGAUAAUGUUGUGGCAUAUUUGGCAUAGUAUAUGUAUAUGUUUGGAUUGUUGUUGAAUGAGAAAGAAAUUGGGUUUUAUAUGUAUAUAUAAUUAAAUUUAGAUAUUUUUUUUUA